CUCUGAACCACCAUGGAUGCAGCACCUUUCGGGCCGGCCCCUGUGCCGAAACAAUUUGUGCUAUGCUUCGAUGGCACUGGGAACAAGUUUUGUGGGGACUCGUCGGACAGUAAUGUUCUGAAAAUAUUUCGGAUGCUCGACCGCAGCAAAAGCCAUCAAUUUCAUUAUUACCAACCAGGGAUUGGGACAUAUGUAACCUCCAAGUCCCUUUCCAGCCAUGGCCGCUUCCAACGGAUUAGAUCUGCAUACCUAAAAGCGAAGGACUCCGCCGUCGGAUCCUCCUUUGCUGAACAUGUCAUGGGCGGAUAUAAGUUCCUCAUGCGUUACUACUCUCCUGGCGACGAGAUUUACUUCAUAGGCUUCAGUCGAGGUGCAUACAUUGCGCGCUUCCUCGCAGAAAUGCUAGAUUAUGUUGGCUUGCUCGAGGCUGGUAACGAGGAACUAACCCGAUUCGCGUGGAAGACUUUUGCCAAAUGGCAGCAGCGACGUGGUAAUACCCAAGACGACCUUGCUAAAAGAGAUGAAUUGUUCGAAUACAUGAAGGCCUUCCGUGAGACGUUCAGUCGGCCUAUUACGCGGAUCAAAUUCAUGGGGCUGUUCGAUACUGUCAAUAGCGUGCCCGCAUUUGAGUCCGCCUGGAUGCAGAGAAGUAAAUUUCCAUAUACCGCCCGCAGCUCAGCCAAAGUUAUUCGACAUGCAGUGGGGAUUGAUGAGAGGCGUGCGAAGUUUCGGCAGGAUCUGAUUUCGGAAGUCAGACCGUGUUGUGAGAGAAAGAAAACCGCUCACUGGAAACGUCACUUACCCCAUCUACACCAUGCUCCGGAGAAGCCUGAGGAUCUCCCCGAAAUUGUUGUGAAUGGUAGUAGUAAUGUCCAAAACCCGGCUCAGCAGAGGCACGGAGAGGCUGGAUCUCUAUAUCACAGCGUGCGGAGCUCAAAUGCGAGUGUACACAGCGCGGCUCACCGAUACCGUGCACAAGGACAACGUUCCCAGAGGAAGCUAAGCCUCGCUGUUCCAAUGGUAACAGCAUCCACAGAGGAUGUGGCAUCCAUCAGAAGCGGGCAUUCAGGCCUUUCGCUUCAGGUGCCACCCGAGCAUGUUGGUACAGAGGAAGAUUAUGAUAACGAUGAGGAUAGCCCCCAAGACGUUCAGGAAGUAUGGUUUCCUGGUGGCCAUGCAGACAUUGGAGGAGGAUGGAAAAAGAGCGAGAAGGAACGCUGGUCACUCAGCCACGCACCAUUGGUUUGGAUGGUCCAAGAGGCCCAGCGUGCGGGACUGCAGUUUGAUGCUCGAAAAAUGAAGCAGUUUGAAUGUCUCGAAGAGUACGAAGGCGAAUACUCCCCCAUUCAAGAGAACAUCCACUGGAACCCUAUCAACGGACGAUGGUGCCAAGAUGACCACCCAGACGCGAGUCGGCAACCAACAUUCAAUUUUGACACCGCUGACGGUGGUGAAAAACAACCGCGGAGCGAUUCGAGCUCCAGAUUUGUGGCUGCCCUCUGUGGUUCUAGCACGGGCGUGUUGCAUGACUGCCUAGAAUUUGGCAACGGCCUACCACCUUUAUCUGUUCUCUCAUGGCGAAUAAUGGAGUACCUUCCAUUCCGCCGAAUGGAUCUGCAGAAGGAUGGAUCAUGGAAGCCGAUUCGGUGGCCCCUGCCAUGUGGCGAGGUUCGUGACAUCCCAGACGACGCCCAAAUCCAUGUAUCUGCAAUUCGCCGAUUGCACAGCGACCAGAACUACCGUCCUGGGAACCUGAUCAUUGGCGGGGGUGGACGUGGUGUUAAACGAGCCCCCGAAAGGUACGGAAUUGGAGAUUGGAUAGUUAAAGACCACAAAGGCGAUACUGUACGGGAAGUGUAUGUGCGAGCCAAGGAGCCUAAGGCAGUUAAUUUGUGCCAAGAGCAUCAGCAUUAGUGACGCUUUUCCUUUUCCUUUUCCUUUCCCUUUUUCUUUUUCUUUUUUUUUGGUUUUU